AAGUAUGGUAGAGCCGACGGUUGGGAAUUCAGGACAAACGUAAAUCAGAAAAUCCCGAUGAUUACUGCAUCGGGAACAAGACUUCCGAACGCUUUUAUCUAUCUCCUUGACCACAUUAAUACGCUUUUUAUCGAUGAAUGUAAGAACUGCUCAAUCAUCGCUGGUCCCGUGCAAACAAGUCUGUUUGUGAGAAAAUGUACCAAUUGUAAUAUUCUGGCCAGUUGCCAGCAAUAUCGAAUGCGUGAUUGUAACUCGGUGACUACCUUUUUGGCCUGUACAUCUGCUCCCAUCAUCGAAUCCAGUUCUGAACUGAAAUUUGCACCUUAUCAAUUAUCUUACCCGGAACUGAAAGUCAGCUCAUCUCCGGGCUGUAUGUAUUUCAAAUGUUAUAUUUAA